GCGUGGAGCGGCGCACGUGUGGGUCUGCGGGGCAGAACGGACGCCGGGGGCUUCCGCAGCGGGACGCCGAGAUGGACGCGGUGGUCUUUGAGGAUGUGGCUGUGAACUUCACCCGGGAAGAGUGGGCUUUGCUGGAUCGUGGUCAGAGGCAGCUCUACAGAGACGUGAUGCUGGAGACCUGCAGGAACCUGGCCUCCCUUGUUGGUACAAGUCAGGAUGAAAGGAGUGCAUCAAGGACUCAGCGGAAUGUUCUGCAGAAUGAGCUCCCCAGUGAAGGCGAGACCGUCUUAUGUGCAAGAAAUGAUUCGUGCUCUGUCUUUGGAGCAGACUGGAAAUUUCCUAAUGGUGGAGAUCAGACCCAAACCAAGGAAAGGCGUUUGAGAAGUCAUCUGCCGGAGCGGGUCUGUGAAAGCAGUGAAGAUGAUCGACGUGGAGAAACCAGAAGGCAGAUGACAAGUCUUCCCGUGCGUGAGGAUCGUCCUACUGGAGACAGGUCCUGUCGCUGCGCCAAGUGUAGAGACGCCUUCACCGAUGGUUCUUUCCCUGAGAAUCCACUAAGAUCCCACCCUGGACACAAACCUAGUCCCCGUGAGGAAUGUGGGCCGGCCUGCAGCUGUGUCUCUUGCCCCAGCCCUCACGUGGACACAGGCCUUGGAGAGAAACCUUAUGAACCUCCGGACACUGGGGGAGCAUCGAAGAGAGACUUGAAAAGUCGCGGUUGUAAACAAUCUUUAAAGUGCAAGAAAUGUGGAAAAACUUUCACUUGCAGGUCGUCCUUUCGGGGUCACGUGAAGGGUCACUGUGGACAGAGAGUUCAUGCGUGUGACGUGUGCGGGAAAGUCUUCAUGUAUCAGUCCUACCUUACAUGUCACAUGAUUACUCACACUGGGGAGAGACCCUAUGAAUGUGUAGAGUGUGGGAAAACUUUCCAGAAGAGUGGACAUUUUAAUCGUCACAUGGCCUCCCACAGUACCGUGAAACCCUGUGAAUGUAACCGGUGUGGCAGAUCCUUCCGGGAUAACACAGACCUGCGAAUCCAUAUGAGGACGCACACUGGGGAGAGACCCUAUGAAUGUCAGCAGUGUGGGAAGGCCUUCAGAUAUCUUGGAAAUCUGCGGGAACAUAUGCCAACACACACGGGGGAGAGACGGUAUGAAUGUCAGCAGUGUGGGAUGGCCUUCAAGUAUAACUCAGGCCUGCGAGAACACAUGCGGAAGCACACUGGAGAGAGACCCUAUAAGUGUCAGCACUGUGAAAGAACCUUCAUUCGUCACUACACACUUGUACUACAUACUGCGAGAAGGCACACCGAGGAUGGAAACUUGGAAUGUAAGGAGUGUGGUGAAACUUUCAGAAAGCAUCAACCUUUCAAAUGUCACAUGGCCACACACGGUAUCCUGAAUCCCUAUGAAUGUAAAGAGUGUGGCUCAGCCUUCAGGUGCCACAGAGACCUCCAGGUACAUACGAGGACACACACUGGGGAAAGACCCUUCAAAUGUGAGCUGUGUGGGAAAGCCUUUAAGUCUCCUGCAAACCUUCGAGCACAUAUGAGGACACACACUGGUGAAAACCCCUGCAAGUGUCAGCAGUGUGGGAAAACCUUCUCGACUCCUGGACACCUGCGAGCUCAUAUGAGGACGCACAGUAGAGAACGACCUUGAACAUGUCAGCAGUGUGGGAAAGUCUUCACCUCUCCUGGAAACCUACGAGUGUCACCACUGUAGCAAAGCCUUCAGGAGUCCAUUGCGCCUAGAAGCACACAACGUGGACACAGGGGAGAGACCUUUUAAGUGUAGAGAGUGGGAAAGCGUUCAGUCGGCCUCACUGAGAGAACUUCACUCACAGAGAGAACUUCACUGGUCACUACUCCUUUCAGGAACACGUGAGGAAUCACAGUGGACGGUGACCUUUUGUGAAUCUACGGUCUCUGGUAAGACCUUCCACUGUCACACAGAACUGCAAGUAUCUGUGAUGGCACUCACUAGACGGGAAUUGUGUGAAUGUCCACGCUGUGGGAAAGCCUUCAGGUGUCCCUCUAAUCUUCGGGGAUGCUUGUAAGAGCACAGUGAUGUGAAACCCUGUGAAGUUAAGAACCAUGGAAAGACCUUCCAGUAUUUCCUCAAUCUGGGAGCACAGACACUGUGGGAAAGCGUUUAAUCUCCCUAAAAUCAUUUUUUAAAUGAGAGCCAAUAUACUGGAGACAAACCCGAAUGGACACAGUUUGGGGAACACUUCCCGUAUAGAACGUCAUGUAUUUUGUUCAUGACAGUUGUGGCAGGACAGAAAUCAUUUCAUUGUUACAAACUUUUUUUUUUUUUUUGCAAGUGCCUCUUCCAUGAUAGAGAUGCGAAGUGUCUUAAUUUCUAGUUCCUGUUGCUGAUACAAACACUCGUGGUGAGUGACUUUUGUCCUCUACAUCGG